GAUUGAACCUGUACAGCCAAAUAAGUGGAAAUCCUGUCAAACUGUUAGUGAUAGAGGAGAUGACCUCUAACCUUCUAAAUCCUGAAUCCAAUGUAACCAGUAUGAAGUGUGUUGACAAUGGCCAGACAGACAGUGCUUGGGAACAGAGAGAGGAAAAAGAGGUACAUGGUGUUGACACUAUAGUGGAAAAGUCAGGUGCUGUCGGCUCCGAUUCUGUUGAAAGUAUACGUCUGAGAGAGCUUAAAAAGCAACAACAACACUCGACUGAUGGGAGCUGUUUUAAAUGUGACACUUCCUUUUUAUCAAUACUUAAAAGAAGGUUCUACUGCCGUCACUGUGGUAACAACUUCUGUACCAAGUGCUGUAACCAGAAGGUUCCAAAGUCCAUGUUUGGGGCAACAUCCCCAACGGCCAUGAAAGAGACAGUCCUGGUGUGUAAUGUCUGCUAUGACCUUCUCAUAAAGAAAAAUAAAGACAAGGAGAAGAAAAGCUGAUUGGUUGAUACCAAUAAAUCACCAUGGAAACCAAGAAGCAUACUGUCAGCCUGUCACCAUGGAAACCAAGAAGUAUCUUGUCUAUCAGCAUAUCUCCAUUUUAAACCAAUUGGUGCCCUGUGUGAUAUUUUGGUAGAGAGAUAAGGAGGAUAUAGCAGUGACUGUAUACUACCAGGAACAGUUUGUGACACUGUCAUAAGUUAUCAUGCACAAUGACUUACUAGGGACAGAUUCUCUUCUUACUUAGGGUAUACAAAGGUAUAGAAAGUGGGUUUGUGAUUAUCCUUUGGAUACAAUAGCUCCUGUUAUAAAUUGAAAGUCUACCUUAUAAAGGGUGCUUUGGCGUGAGCAGGUGAAACUGCUGGACUGAUUAAACUUUUAAGAUAAAUGCCAAGUAUAAAUUGGGACCAAGGCUGGACUGCAGAAUAUUUGGCACGUAAAGUUUGAGGGAUCCAACAUCUGGUAAAAGGGAUUUCGUGUAGAGUGGAAUAAUUUCAGACCACCUGAACUGUUUCAACUGGGUUACAUGAAUGCGGCCUUAAUCUGGUUCAGAUAAAUGGGUGUGAUAAUGUAAAGAAAAGGAAAACUUUCUAUUUAUGAAAACUUUCAGAAUAACAAAAUUUCAAAAAAAAAAAAGAAAAAAAAUGAAGAAAGUUUCUGUUUAUAUUAUUUUGUUAGAAAGAAAUAGGAGCCAUGUUAUCUAAAAAUAGGCCAUUACAACUCACAAAGUACAACAGUACAUAACACUUACUAUACCAAAUUAUUACACACUUUAUUCUAAUAUAGAACUUUUACGUUAGAUGAAGAGAAGGAAACAUAAUUAAUUAUUGGUAGUCCUAUUAAAUACCAUUGAAUAGGGACGGUCAGGUUAGUGUUUUUUUAAAUUUGACUUUAUUUUAAAGAAAUUUUUUUGUUAAAUUGUGAAACAUCAGUGUCAGACAAAAAUGUCCUCAGUAUAUAUAAGAUAUAUAUAUAAGAGAUUGCUGGUAAUGGAUUUAUUGUUCUACAUCUUAUAAAACUAUUUAACAUUUUGGAAAGUAAUUUGUCGCUUGAUUUGUACAGAGGGCAGGGUAUACUACUUUUAGUAGAAGAUUCUGUUUCACAACGUAGAAUUAUAAUUUCAUUUAGAAGAUACUUCGAGAGUUAUUGUGGACUUGAAGUAGCAAUAACAUUAUGGGAGACAGAAUUCAUUCUUGCCAAAUUUACUUUCGUAGAGUUUUGUUAUAUGUUGCUGAUAAGAUGAUGGUGCCUGUAAUAUUGUUGUGUUAAUUCUGUGAGAUUUGUUAAUCUUUUAUUCUGUUGCCAAGAAUUCACGUUCAUGUUAUAUCCAGAAACCAAAACAUUGUAUCACUGAUGAUUCUCCAGUUUGUUUUAUUUAUAUAGGUAGAGCCUAUAACUCUCUUUUUAUCUGUAUUUGUUUUUAUUAUGGACGCAUCUGUAUUUGUGUUCUGUAGGUUAAUAUUUUCUGUGUAGUUUCAUUUCCUAUAUAUGGAUUUAGAAUAAUUUGGGCAAGUGCAAAGUAUAAAGACAAGAUGUGACAUUUUAUGUAUACUUAAUAAACUAAAUAAUAAUUGUUGUAACUUCAUUUUAAUAAUAUGACAGGUUUAACCAUUUUUAUAUAAAUAUCAGAUCAUUUAACUUUUUGUCAUUUUUACUUUAUUGACAAGAAUAUUUUUACUGAAACCUUAAACCAUUGAAAUUAACAACAUUGUACUGUUAUUAAUAUAAAUGUAACAUUGGACUUAUUAACCUGAAUAUUCUAGUGCAUGUAUAACUAAUUAAGUGAAAUCAUCUAUGAGGAAACCUUGUGUGCUCACUGUAGCUUUUAUAAUUUAAUCAUAAGUACCGGUAGGGUUU